GGGAAUACGACGCACGCGCAGAAGUUCUCUACGUGUCAACACACCCAACUAGCCGCCGCGCCUUCAAGCUGAGCGAAGGAAGGCCGAAGAGAUCGUGUCGCAGCCUGUCACUUCGGGGGUACUUUUCUGCGCCUGCGCGCCUCAGCCAUGUCGUACGGCCCGUUAGAGACUUACCGCCCGGGGGGGCUUCCGCCCCGGGACUUCAACGCCAUUAUCCAGAUCUGCAGCACCAAUGUACAGCGCCUGGCACAGUGCACUUCUCAGAUAAAGAACUUGAUGAGUCAGCUAGGAACCAAGCAGGACUCCAGCAAACUGCAGGAAAACCUACAACAGUUGCAGAACACAGCAAACCGGCUUGCCAAAGAGACCAAUGAAUACCUGAAGGAGCUGGGCUCCCUGCCACUCCCCUUAUCUGCAUCGGAACAGCGCCAGGAGAAACUUCAGAAGGAGCGUUUGAUGAACGACUUUUCUGCAGCCUUAAAUAACUUUCAAGCGGUGCAAAGAAGAGUGUCAGAGAAAGAGAAGGAAACUGUUGCCCGGGCAAGAGCUGGUUCCCGGCUCUCUGGAGAUGAGAGACACAGAGAAGAGCAGCUGGUCUCAUUUGACAGCAAUGAAGAGUGGAAUCAGAUGCAGUCUCAAGAAGAAGACGUAGCAAUAACAGAACAAGAUCUUGAACUAAUUAAGGAGAGAGAAACUGCCAUCAGGCAGUUAGAGGCAGAUAUCUUGGAUGUGAACCAGAUAUUUAAGGAUUUGGCUAUGAUGAUACAUGAUCAGGGAGAUAUGAUUGAUAGCAUAGAAGCAAAUGUAGAAAAUUCAGAAGUCCACGUGGAAAGCGCAAAUGAACAGUUACAGAGAGCUGCUUAUUAUCAGAAGAAAUCUCGUAAGAAGAUCUGUAUCCUGAUUCUUGGUCUGGCUGUGGCUUCUUUAGUCCUGGGUCUCAUUAUCUGGCAGGCAUCAAAAUGAAGUCCUUACAUGGAAUUGAAUUAAUUGCAGAGGGUUUUUUUCCCCCAGGGGAAAGCAGGUAAACAAAUCCAGUGGGAUGAAUUGAUUGAGAUGAGAUGGAACACAAACUGGUUUUUCUCUAGUAAUUAUAAUAUAUAGAAACUAACAUGAAGAUAACUAGUUCUUGGACUUAGUGAACCAUGAAGACAGUAUAUUUAUCAGUUCAUGUAAAAUUAUUUUAUGUAAUUUAACUUGUGGGUUUUUUGUUUUCUCUACUAUACUAUUGCUGUCAUGAAUGUAAAGUGUUGAAGAAGUGUGAUUGGUAACCUAGAUUGUCUUGUUAAUUGACACAUGCACUACAAACUUUUUAAAUAUGUGCUGCUUUUAUAAGUAACUUGCAUAGGAACAACUUCCAAGAAAGGCAGAAUCUAACCAAGCACUUCUCUGUCUCCAGUAAAUCUCUUGGUGUAAUCCAGAGAGCUGCUUCAGGAGCCUGUAAUGAGCUGCCACUCCCUUUCCUCUGCUGCAUUGCAUACUGCUUCUGAAACUUCCAGAAGUUGCUCUUCAGUGCAGCACAGGCUGGUGAUUAAAAGUCCAGCCUAUGCAGCAGCCUUUGCCUUGAACUUGUCAAGAACUUUAAAAUCCCCCUAUUCAUUUUUAAUGGCAUACAUAAUGAAAAAUGUUUUGGCCACCUAGGUUUGGAACUAAGAAUGUACUCAGUGAUGACUAUUCUGACCUAGAAAUGUUUGUAUCUAGUGAUUGGUAACAGGUUUUCUGCUUGUUCCAUUUUUGUGGUGAUAAUGUGUCCAAAUGUCUUGUUACCUAAUGAAGCUGUGGUUAGUGGUGGACUACUCUACUCCCUCUUCCCAACUUUGUACUUCUAAGCCCAUGCAUUAUAUGUUACAGCACAUUAAAAAUACAGCACAGAGCCUGUAAUGGGUAAAAAAUGGAGGUGGCAUAGAAAAAAGGACAUGCAUUUUAUGAGCAAUUAUGGCACUGUCUUUCCAAUAGAAAAUUUCUCACCUUUGUGUUAUACUUGGCUAAGAAUGUUCCUUCUCUCCCUAGGCUGAGAGACAGUGACCCCAUUCAGUCUCAUGGGAAAUCAAGGUUCCCUGUUAUAUUGUAAUGAACUUCAGGCUUGCAUGCACUCCCCCUUUCCUCUUCCUUUGCAUGUGAUGGGCGGAAAAGUUAAGAGCUUACUCUUGCGACUUUGAGCAUACUUAAUUUUCCUGUUGCAUUCAAAUAUUGGAAACUGGUUUGAUCCUAGCCUCUUGAACCUAGCUGUGGUUUAAACAAACCACAGUCAUGUACAACAGGCUAAAUAAACCAGUUUUCCAUAUUUAUAUAUACUGUAAUAGGAAACUGCAGUUUGCUCAAAAUUACAAGUAAACUUUAAUCUUCCUCUCUUUAGUUCACAACAGAUAUAUGGAGUGUAUGAUGCCAAGGUUUAUCUUAGUCCGUUUUCAUAAUGGGAAACCAUAGUUCCUCAUUAUAUCUGACCUGGACCUUUUGUCUGCUUGGAACUGACAUAUUAGAGGAAUCACUGGGAGAGCUCUUGAGUCGCUUUUACUCUGGCAAGCUAACCGAUAUAAAAAAGGCUAAGAAAUUUACUUGUAUAUAGACUCUUACAAUUCUACCCAAGGAAUUGCUACAUCUUUCUACUGACACAUUCUCUAUUUAUUAAUUUUCACAUUUUACUUAUUUAAAUUACUAAACUGUGAACAUUGGCAUGGGAGAAGGAUGAUGCCCACAGUUGCACAUCUUUCUUUGCACUAUUAUUCCAUCAUUCCAUUUAACUGUCAAUAAACAUUUUUUAAAGUA